UCUCAAUUAAGUGAUUACCUAGACGUACCAAGCCGUGAAUCCCGUAGUAUAACUCAUCUGUCUUCCUAAUCCCAAUCAUCUACUCCCACAAAUAUCUCCCAUCUAGCACAACAUCUGCUCAGCUUAGCAAAUUAGCAAAUUGGUAUCUUCCAUGGCUACGAUGGCGCAGGUCUCUUCGAAGGCAGUGGAGGCGGAUCUAUUUAAUGGCGGCAAUUUCUGUCUAGCGCUGGAGGGGUGCUUCGAUUUCAGCGGUGGCAGUAGCAAUUUCUGUCCAGCGCCGGGGGGGGGGGGGGGGGGGGGGGGUUCUUCCAUGGCUACAACGGUGCAGAUCUCAACAAUUUCUUCUUCAUCAAGAAUAGGAGCGCCUGAAGACACUGAGUUGGAAACAACGGGGUUCCUUUGUAUUAUGGCUCUUCUUUAUCGCAUUAUUGGGGAUAAGUGUGGCUUUGGGAUUGUUUUAUUAUGGUCUUCGAGAUACAACAGCGACGUAUGCUGCCAACUUUGUAACCAUCAUUCCAAUAGUUACCUUUUUCUUGUCAACAAUUUCCGGCCAAGAGAAGCUGAAAUUGAAGAAUAAAGAUGGAAAAAUAAAAGCGUUAGGAGCUAUUCUUUGCCUCGCUGGAGCUGUAACCCUUAUCGUAUACAAAGGCAAAACGAUUUACCACUCCAAUUCUAGUGACAAUGAUCAACUUGCUUCUUCGGGAGGGAAAGAGCAUUGGGGACGUGGCACUUUAUUUCUUAUCCUCAGUUGUCUAUUUUAUGCUGCAUGGUUGAUUGCACAGGUAAUCUAUUAUGGCGCUUCAAUGCGUUCAUGGGAAAAUGGAAAUUAAUAAUCCAACCUUUUACCAGUCUUCAUUUGUUGAUCCCACUUUAUCGUUAUUCAUGAAUAAUUCAACCUUUGCACCUCAUCUUCAUUCGUUUGUCCCUGACCGGUUGAUGGCCUGCUAUUUCAGGUUUUUUCAUUUUCUUUACAAAUCAUUCAACCAUAAAUCCCACAUUUCACAAAUCUUCUCCAAACGGUCCCACAUAUUAUUUUUCUUUCUCUUUCUAAAACUUUUCCCUUUUUAUUUUUAUCGUCUUGACUCUUUUAUUCUCCUUUUUUGUCUUCUUAUUAUUAUUUUUACUACUUUUCAAAUUAUUUUAUUUUUUUCAAUGUUUAUGUAUUCCAUUUUCCUUUUUUUCUUCCCGUUUAUUAUUUCAUUUUCAUUUUUAUAUAUUUUUCGGAUUAGUUUCCUUAUAAAUGAUCUUUUUCUAACCGUACUAACUUUUUACUUUAUUUUUUUUUACUUACACUUAUUUAUUUCCUUUUUCCUUUUCUUACCUUUAUUCUACCACUAAUAUAUAUUUGAGAAAAUAACCUCAAAAUAAGACUAAAUUAAUCCCCAAAUGCACAAAUAGGACUAUGUUAUUUAUCUUUACUAAAGUACCGUCUAUCUUCUUAUUCUACAUUUCUACCCUUACCAUAACUUAAUAGGAUAAUCAUAUUUUACAUUAUAAUAAAAUAUCGUCUAUCUUCUUAUUUUACAUUUCUACCCUUACCAUACCUUUCUUUUUAUUUUGUUACUAUAUUUUUUUAAAUUGGAAUACCUUUUGUUAUUUUUCUUUUUUAUUAUAAUGUAAAAUGUGAUUAUUCUAUUAUGUUAUGUUAAGGGUAGAAAUGUAAAAUAAGAAGAUAUACGAUAUUUUAUUUCUAUUUUGAGAAGAUAAAUAACAUAGUCCUAUUUGUGCAUUUAGGAAUUAGUUUAGUCCUAUUUUCGGGCUUUUUCUCAAAAAUAUAUUAGUGGUAGAAUAAAGGUAAGAAAGGGAAAAAGGAAAUAAAUAAGUGUAAGUAAAAAGAAAAUAAAGUAAAAGUUAGUACGUUGAGAAAAAAAUCUUUUAUAAGGAAACUAAUCCGAAAAAAUAUAUAAAAAUGAAAAUCAAAUAAUAAACCGGAAGAAGGAAAAAAGGAAAAUGAAAUACAUAAACAUUGAAAAAAUAACAUAAUUUAAAAAGUAGUAAAAAAAUAUUAAGAAGACAAAAAAGGAGAAUAAAAGAGUCAAGACGAUAAAAAUAAAAAGGGAAAAGUUUUAGGAAAAGAAAGAAAAAUGAUACGUGGGACCGUUUGGAGAAGAUUUGUGAAAGGUGAGAUUUAUGGUUGAAUGAUUUGUAAAGAAAAUGAAAAAACCUGGAAUAGCAGGUCAUCAACCGAUCAGGGACCAACGAAUGAAGAUGAGGUGCAAAGGUUGGAUUAUUCAUGAAUAACGAUAAAGUGGGACCAACGAAUGAAGACCGCUAAAAGGCCUGGUUGCUGAAGGAGAACAGGUUCCCAUACAAAUAUUCUGCAACCACAAUAUCAUGCAUAUUGGCAACACUUCAAUGCAUGGUAAUAGGUUUAUACAUUGAUAGAAGAACGACCUCGUGGAAAUUGGGAUUCAAUUUGCAACUUAUUACUAUUUUUUAUUCUGGUGUAUUGGCUACAGCAGCAACAUUUUGCCUAAUGUGGUGGGCAAUGAGUAAAAUGGGACCGACUUUCCCGUCAAUGUUCAAUCCAUUGUCCUUGAUAUCGGUAGCCAUGAUAGAAGCUUUUUUCUUCGGUGCACCUAUCUACCUCGGAAGCUUGAUUGGGAUGGUGCUAAUCAUAACCGGAUUGGUUUCUUUCCUAAUGGGGAAGAAAAUGGAGGAAAACUGAAGUUGAAAUCCAGCGUGAUGAAUCCCAUCAAUAUCGGGAAGGGAUAAAAGCUAAGCAGAAAAGGAAUUUUGUUUCCUGUGAUAUUCAAACAGCUUGGGGUUCAUUAUAUUGAACAACCUUUCAUCAUGUGGAGUCACGUUGUGCAAGAUACCAUCCGAGUUUAAUCCCGCGAAUAUGGUUACCAACUACCAAGUGUCUUUCUGCCGAGAAACACUUGUCCUGUAAACGCGUGCUAAAAUUUGAUUGUAGAUAACUGUGGUUUGCUUACUAAAUUGUUUGCCCGUUUUAUCUUUUAACUUCCGGGUGAACAAGCGAUGAUGAGUCUCCUCAUAACCUUGUAUUGUUACUCUACACCAUUUGAGAUCAAUAAGAUGGAGAAUGUUGGAGGUGUUGGUCCUACCAACGCCUCCCUUUCAUUUUGUUUUAGGCUUGCACCCUAUUAGGUGUGCUUUAGUACUUCUACGGGUUGUUAAAUGUUUUUCUUUUGAAAUCCCGAUCAGGUGUAAUCGUUUUGUUUAAGGACAGUUUCUUUUGGUUACUU